AUGCCAGGCUUUCGACAAGGGAAUCGUCGAGCUGAUCGGGAUACAUUCGAUAGACCCAAAUCCAAACCUCAACAACGUCCCCGUCAAAAACAACCUGAACGCAAACAACCUACCGAAUCGCAACCCCAACCCCAAACUCCAUCCCAAGAUGCAGACAGUCCAAUCGACUUCUCAACCCCUAUUCCACUCUCUCUCCAGCAACUCCUCCUCGAUGUCUUUAAGACCGCUCUUCUCACUCAAUCCAAACCCACCCAAUCCUCAAUCCCUGCUACCGAUGGUGCCGCCGACUCCGAGGAACCCGCACCACUCGACAUCAAGUCCCUGAUUCAGACGAUUAAAUCUCAUCUUUACCAGCGAGACUUCGAUGCCGCGUUUACAGACGCUGAUAGCGACCUGUUACGCGCUUAUGCGCUGCGAUGGAGUGCAUCACGAGCAUUGGGAUAUGCGGGAAUAUUCAAGGGUGUGCUCGGUUGGAUGCGUAAUGGAGAUGAAUCCAGCGUAAAACCCCUUUGUAAGAUGGAGGAAAUUUCCAACACAAGAGUUGUUUGUCUUGGUGGUGGUGCUGGUGCGGAGAUUGUUGCUCUGGCUGGUGUGUGGAGAGAUUUGGGAUUGGAUGGAAUUGAUAUGGAUUCGUUAAGUAAGAGUACUGCAGAAGUAUCUCUUUCGGAUGCAAAGAUCGAAUCUGGAGAGGGCGAAGAUCAGAUCAAUGAUGCUGAGAAGACUACUACGGAAGUAGAGACACAGAGUCAGUCAUCAUCCAGAAGCCUUUCCGUCGCUGCUGUUGAUAUUGCGGAUUGGUCUAGCGUUGUCGAGAGGUUGUCGAAGACGAUCAUCUCGAACGAUGUACCAUUCCCUCUUACAUCGAGACAUAAGCCUCCUCUUUUGGCGCGAAGUGAAGCUUUGGACGUUUCGUUUCGUCGGGCUGAUCUGCUCGCUCUUGGUGAGCAGGAGUUGAAGGAUGUUGUUCUUGGUGAAACUGCCCAAGAGUCUUCCUCUCUCCUGGUUACGCUCAUGUUCACGCUCAAUGAGCUUUUCUCUACCUCCAUGCCCAAGGCCACGGGCUUUUUGCUUCGUUUGACGGAGAUUCUCUCCCCUGGUGCUAUUUUACUCGUUGUUGAUAGCCCUGGAAGUUACUCCAGUGUCAAACUUGGUAAGAACAAAGAGGGCGAGGCACAGGAGAGGAAGUAUCCAAUGAAGUUUUUGUUGGAUCAUGCGCUCACCUCUGUGGCUGGGGGUAAAUGGGAGAGAGUUUAUACACAGGACUCCAAGUGGUGGAGACGAGAGGCAGCACGGUUGCGGUAUGAAGUUGGUGAGGGUGCUGGGUUGGAGGAUAUGCGGUUCCAACUUCAUAUAUACCAGCGGAUUUAA